AUGAGCAAUUUGAGAGAUACAAUUGAAAUUGAUUCAGAAUUAAAACGUAGAGAAAAAGGAAUUGCAGAACUUAGGAAGAGUAGGAGAGAAAGAAGAUUAGAAGUAAAAAGAAUUCAAGGAACAAAUUCAUUACCAGAUAUUCCCUUACAACAAACACUCCCAAUGCUUAAACAGGAAAAUGUUAGUGAAGCAAUAGAUUUGAUAACAACACAUUUAUUUUAUUCAAAAUUCAGUGAUGUUUACUAUGUCUAUAAUUGUAUUGAUUUAAUAUUUGUUCAUUUACAAGGAAGUGAAGAAGUUGUUUUUAAAAUACUUAAACUUCUUACAAAUAUUGCAUCUGUUGAUGGUUCUUUUGAUUAUUUAUUAAAAGUUGAUCAUACUUUUAUUAUACGCAAUUUAUUACUAAGUCAAAAUUCAGACAUAAGAACACAAACUGCCUGGUAUUUAUCUAACAUCAUUUUAGAUAGUGAUUGUGUUUAUCCUGUCUUUAAACAAAUGGGACUUUUAGAUUCACUUCAAACAGGAUUAAAGUUAUAUUAUCAAGAUAUUGGUUAUUGUCAAAAAAUUGGAUUUUUAAUUGGUGCAAUUGCCAAAUAUUGUGAUGAAUCAAAUACUGAAUGUUCUAUUAAAUCAGAUAAUAUGGAAGUUGAAUUAACACAAAAAACAAAUCAAAUUACUACAGUAGAUUUUAAACAAUCUAUUUCACCAACAAAUAGUAUUUAUGAAGAUAUAUUUCCAUUAUUAUCUAUAUUAUAUCCACGAAUUGAAACUAUUAAUACAACAUAUUUUAUUCUUUCAAUGUUAUCUCAAUUAGAAAUAACUUUUAAAAAAUUGGUAAAAUCAAUUCCCACACUAUAUAAAACAAUUUCAUCAGGAUUAAAUUCAAAAAGUCAAUGGACAAGAAAUUAUUGUAUUGCUAUUUGUGUUAGUAUUAGUGAUUUUAAUCAAAAAUAUAUGACUCGUUUAAUGCAACAAUCAGAUUUCUUUAGAAAUUUAAGUCAAACAGUUUAUUUAUCAUCACCAUCAUUAUUUGUUGAUUUGUGUUAUGUAUGUAGUAAUAUGAUAGCAAUGAAUCAAUCAGUUACUCCAGUUUUAUUACAAGUUAAUUUAGUACAACGAAUGAUUCAAAAAUUAUCAAAUUUUGAUUUCUCUGAAAAUACUGAUUCAAUUAUUGAUAUUAAAAUAGAAUUUGGAUGGUUCUAUUUGAAUGUUUUAUCUACUUCUCCUAUUCAUCAAAUUUCUCUUAUUAUUUCAAAUAAUUUAACAUUUAAAGCAUUAACAAUUAUGGCUGAAUGUUUAAUUCAAAAUUCUAAAGAAUUUAUUUCUACUUUUAUUGAUUCAGUUACAAAUAUUAUCACCGAAUUACUUCACGAUGAUUCUGAACUUGCUAAAAAUUUCAUUGAUUUAUUAGAAGAAUCUGGUGUUACAGAAAAUUUACACAAAAUAGAAUAUUCAUCUGAUGAACAUACUAUUGCACUGAACAAUUAUUUUUAUGUAAUUGAUCAUAACAACCAUCUCGAAGAUAAAUAA